GCUGCCGCCUUCACCAUGGUGGCUGGCAUGCUGAUGCCCUUGGAGCAGCUGCGCUCCAUCUACGAGUUGCUCUUUCGCGAUGGGGUCAUGGUGGCCCAGAAGGACCGGCGCCCUCACAGCUACCACCCCCAGCUGCCGGGCAUCACCCACCUGCAAGUCCAGCGGGCCAUGGGCUCCCUACACGCCCGUGGCCUGGUGCGUGAGAGCUUUGCCUGGCGCCACUGCUACUGGUACCUGACGGACGAGGGCAUUGCGCACCUGCGCCAGUACCUGCGCCUGCCGCCAGAGAUUGUGCCUGCCACCUUGCAGCGCGUCCGCCGCCCCGUGGCCAUGGCAAGGCCCACCCCGCGCCCGCGCCCGCGCCCGCCUCGCACCCAGACCGUGCCAGGCCCACUGGCCUGCCCCCCGAAGCCCCAGGAGGCCUCACGCCAGGAGUACCGCCGGAAGGAGGAGCCUGCUGGGCACGUGGAGCUGGUUGCCGCCAGGGCAGUGCCACAGGUGGCCUCUGCUGCCCCUCCUGCUGAAGACGAACGGGAUCGGGUCCAGAAGAAAACCUUCACCAAAUGGGUCAACAAACACCUUAUCAAGCACUGGCGAGCAGAGGCCCAUCGCCACGUCAACGACCUCUACGAAGACCUCCGCGAUGGGCACAACCUCAUCUCCCUCCUGGAGGUGCUCUCAGGAGAUACUCUGCCCAGAGAGCGCGACGUGAUCCGGAACUUGCGGUUGCCCCGCGAAAAGGGCCGGAUGCGGUUCCACAAGCUCCAGAAUGUGCAGAUUGCCCUGGAUUACCUGAAGCACCGGCAGGUGAAGCUGGUCAAUAUCCGGAACGAUGACAUUGCGGACGGAAACCCGAAGCUGACUCUGGGCCUCAUCUGGACCAUCAUCCUCCACUUCCAGAUCUCGGACAUCCAGGUGAGCGGCCAGUCGGAGGACAUGACCGCCAAGGAGAAGCUGCUGCUGUGGUCCCAGAGGAUGGUCGAGGGCUACCAGGGCCUGCGCUGCGACAACUUCACCACCAGCUGGCGAGACGGGCGCCUCUUCAACGCCAUCAUCCACCGCCACAAGCCGAUGCUGAUUGACAUGAACAAAGUGUACCGCCAGACCAAUGUGGAGAACCUGGAGCAGGCCUUCUCCGUGGCCGACCACGAGCUGGGAGUGACACGGCUGCUGGACCCGGAAGACGUUGACGUUCCUCAGCCCGACGAGAAGUCCAUCAUCACCUACGUCUCCUCUCUCUACGACGCCAUGCCUCGCGUGCCCGAUGUGGUGGACGGCGUCAAGGCCAACGAGCUGCAGCUGCGCUGGCAGGAGUACUAUGAGGUGGUGACGCUGCUCCUGCAAUGGAUCCGGCACCACACGGUGGUCUUUGAGGAGCGCAAGUUCCCCUCCAGCUUUGAGGAGAUUGAGAUCCUGUGGCGCCAGUUCCUGAAGUUCAAGGAGACGGAGUUGCCCGCCAAGGAAGCCGACAAGAACCGCUCCAAGGCCAUCUACCAGUCUCUGGAGCCGUCUGUCCAGUCUGGGCAGCUGAAGGUUCCUCCCGGCUACCACCCUCUGGACGUGGAGAAGGAGUGGGGCAAGCUGCACGUGGCCAUCCUGGAGCGGGAGAAGCUUCUGCGCUCCGAGUUCGAGAGGUUGGAGCGCCUGCAGCGCAUUGUCAGCAAACUUCAGAUGGAGUCGGGUCUCUGCGAGGAGCACCUCAACCAGGCGGACACCCUCCUGCAGUCGGACAUCCGCCUGCUGGCUGCAGGGAAGGCGCCCCAAAAGUCGGCCGAGAUCGAGCGCGACCUGGACAAAGCCGAUGCCAUGAUCCGCCUGCUCUUCAACGAUGUGCAGGCGCUCAAGGAUGGACGCCACCCGCAAGGGGAGCAGAUGUACCGCAGGGUCUACCGCCUGCACGAGCGCCUGGUGGCCAUCCGCACAGAAUACAACCUGCGCCUGAAGUCUGGGUCGGCCCCCAUCGCCCAGGUCACGGUGCCCGUCACGCAGCGCCCGCCGCGCCAGGAGCUGGACGACGUCACCCUGCGCUACCUGCAGGACCUGCUGGCCUGGGUGGAGGACAACCAGCGGCGCCUGAACGCGGCCGAGUGGGGCGUGGACCUGCCCACCGUGGAGUCUCAGCUGGGCAGCCACCGCGGACUCCACCAGUCCAUCGAGGAGUUCCGCGCCAAGAUCGAGAGGGCAAGAGCGGAUGAGGCCCAGCUCUCCCCCGGCCCACGAAGUGCCUACCGGGACUGCCUGAACAAGCUGGACUUGCAGUAUGCCAAGCUGCUGAACUCCUCCAAGGCCCGCCUGCGCCACCUCGAGAGCCUCCAGGCGUUUGUGGCGGCUGCCACCAAGGAGCUGAUGUGGCUGAACGAGAAGGAGGAGGAGGAGGUCAACUACGACUGGAGCGAGCGCAACAGCAACAUGGCCGCCAAGAAGGAGAGCUACUCUGGCUUGAUGCGGGAGCUGGAGCAGCGGGAGCGGAAGAUCAAGGAGAUCCAGAGCACGGGAGACCGGCUGCUGAGGGAGGAGCACCCGGGCAAGCAGACUGUGGAGGCCUUCCAGGCUGCCCUGCAAACCCAAUGGAGCUGGAUGCUCCAGCUCUGCUGCUGCAUUGAGGCCCACCUGAAGGAGAACACCGCCUACUUCCAGUUCUUCUCCGACGUGAAGGAGGCGGAGGAAUUCCUGCGGAAGACCCAGGAGACCAUGCGGAAGAAGUUUGUCUGCGACCGCUCCAUCACCGUGACGCGCCUGGAGGACUUGCUGCAGGACUCCCUCGAGGAGAAGGAGCACCUGGCUGAGUACCAGGGUCAGCUGGCCGGGCUGGCCAAGCGAGCCAAGGCCAUUGUCCAGCUGAAGCCACGCAGCCCCAGCACCGCCCUCAAGGGACGACUGCCUCUCCAGGCCGUCUGCGACUACAAGCAGAUGGAGAUCACGGUGCACAAGGGCGACUCCUGCACCCUCCUCAGCAACGCCCAGCCGUACAAGUGGAAGGUGCUGAACGUGGCCGGGAGCGAGGCCACUGUGCCCUCCAUCUGCUUCCUGGUGCCCCCACCCAACAAGGAGGCCCUGGAGGCCGUCAGCAGGUUGGAGGGCAGCCACCAGAGCCUGCUGACCUUCUGGCACCAGCUGCACAUCGACAUGCAGAGCCUCCUCUCCUGGCAGUACCUGCAGAGGGACAUCCAGCAGAUCCAGUCCUGGUCGCUGCUCAUAUUCCGGACGAUGCCCCCCGAGGAUUACCGGAAGACCUUGCGCAGCCUGGAGACCCACUACCAGGAGUUCCUGCGCAACAGCCAGGACUCCCAGAACUUCCUGCCGGAUGACCGGCUGCACGUGGAGCGCGAAUACACCCUCUGCACCCAGAAGUACGAGAUGCUGCUGCGCGGCCUGGAGAAAGGGGAGCAAGAGGAGUCUCUCUGCAGGAACUUCAUCUCUCAGCUGAAGGACAUCCGCCUGCAGCUGGAGGGCUGCGAGUCCCGCACCAUCCACAAGAUCCGCUCUCCGCUGGACAAGGACCCUGCCAAGGAGUGUGCCCAGCGCAUCAGUGACCAGCAGCAAAUCCACCUGGAACUGGAGGGCAUCAAGAAGAACCUGGGCAAAGUCAGCGCCAAGACGGAGGAGGUGUUGGCGCAACCAGAGCAGGCCAGCUCGGCCCCCACCCUCCACUCGGAGCUGGACAUCACCCUGCAGAAGAUGGACCAGGUCUACAGCCUCUCCAGCAUCUACCUGGAAAAGCUGAAGACCAUCAACCUGGUGAUCCGCAGCACGCAAGGGGCAGAGGAGCUGGUCCGCAAGUACGAGGAGCAGCUGAAGGAUGUGCAAGCGGUGCCCUCUGACCUCAAGGCCCUGGAGGCCACCAGGACGGAGCUGAAGAGCCUGCGUGGGCAGGUGGAAGGGCACCAGCCCAUCUUCAGCACCCUGGAGGCUGACCUGGGCAAGGCCAGCGAGGUGAACGAGCGGAUGGUGCAGGGCCACAGUGAGAGGGACAUUGACCUGGACCGCUACCGGGAGCGGGUGCAGCAGCUGCUGGAGCGCUGGCAGGCCAUCCUGGCCCAGAUUGACCUGCGCCAGAGGGAGCUGGACCAGCUGGGGCGCCAGCUGCGCUACUACCGCGAGAGCUACGACAGCCUCAUCCAGUGGAUCCAGGACGCCCGGCAGCGCCAGGAGAGCCUCCAGGCCAUUCCCAUCACCAGCAGCAAGGGCGUGCGGGAGCAGCUGCUGCAGGAGAAGAAACUCCUGGAGGAAUGUGAGCGCAACCGGGAGAAGGUGGAGGAGUGCCAGCGCUUUGCCAAGCAAUACAUUGAUGCCAUCAAGGAUUAUGAGCUCCAGCUGGUGACCUACAAGGCGCAGGUGGAGCCAGUGGCCUCUCCAGCCAAGAAGCCCAAAGUUCAGUCGGCCUCGGACAGCAUCAUCCAGGAGUACGUGGACCUGCGGACGCGCUACAGUGAGCUGACCACGCUGAGCAGCCAGUACAUCAAGUUCAUCACUGAGACGCUUCGGCGGCUGGAGCAGGAGGAGAAAACUGCAGAGAAGCUGAAGGAGGAGGAGCGGAAGCGCCUGGCCGAGGUGGAGGCGCAGCUGGAGAAGCAGAAGCAGCUGGCGGACGCCCAUGCGCAGGCCAAGGCGCAGGCCGAGAGGGAGGCCCAGGAGCUGCAGCGCCGCAUGCAGGAGGAGGUCAGCCGGAGGGAACUGGUGGCCGUGGACGCCGUGCAGCAGCAGCAAACCAUCCAGCAGGAGCUGAAGCAGAUGAAGCUCAGCUCGGACGCGCAGAUCCAGUCCAAGCUCAAGGUGAUCGAGGAGGCCGAGAUCAACCGCCGGAAGGUGGAGGAGGAGAUCCACAUCAUCCGCCUGCAGCUGCACGCCACCGAGAAGCAGAAGGCGGCUGCGGAGGGAGAGCUGCAGGCGCUGCGGGACAGCGCCGAGGAGGCCGAGCGCCAGAAGCGCCUGGCCCAGGAGGAGGCUGAGCGCCUGCGCAAGCAGGUUAAGGACGAGGCCCAGAAGAAGAAGGAGGCGGAGGACGAGCUGAAGCGCAAGGUGCAGGCCGAGCAGCAGGCCGCCCGCGAGAAGCAGAAGGCCCUGGAUGACCUGCAGAAGCUGCGCCUGCAGGCGGAGGAGGCCGAGCGCAGAAUGAAGCAGGCCGAGCUGGAGAAGGAGCGGCAGGUGCACGUGGCCCAGGAGAUGGCGCAGAAGAGUGCCGAGGCAGAUCUGCAGAGCCGGCGCCUCUCCUUCGCUGAGAAGACUGCGCAGCUGGAGAUGUCCCUCCAGCAGGAGCACAUCACGGUCACCCACCUGCAGGAGGAAGCCGAGAGGCUGAAGAAGCUGCAGCUGGACGCAGAGGCGUCUCGCGAGGAGGCCGAGAAGGAGGUGGAGAAGUGGCGCCAGAAGGCCAACGAGGCGCUGCGCCUGCGGCUCCAGGCGGAGGAGGUGGCCCACAAGAAGGCCCUGGCGCAGGAAGAGGCUGAGAAGCAGAAGGAGGACGCGGAGCGCGAGGCCCGGAAGCGGUCGAAGGCCGAGGAGUCCGCCCUGCGCCAGAAGGAGCUGGCCGAGGAGGAGCUGGAGAAGCAGCGGAAGCUGGCCGAGGGCACCGCCCAGCAGAAGUUCCUGGCGGAGCAGGAGCUCAUCCGCCUGAAGGCCGAGAUGGAGAACGGGGAGCAGCAACGGCUGCUGCUGGAGGAGGAGCUCUUCCGCCUCAAGAAUGAGGUGAGCGAAGCCAUCCAGAAGCGCAAGGAGCUGGAGGAGGAGCUGGCCAAGCUGCGGGCCGAGAUGGAGCUGCUGCUGCGGAGCAAGACCAAAGCAGAAGAGGAGACCCGCUCGACCAGCGAGAAGUCCAAGCAGAUCCUGGAGGCCGAGGCCAACAAGCUGCGGGAGCUGGCGGAGGAGGCGGCCCGGCUGCGUGCCCUCUCGGAGGAGGCCAAGCGGCAGCGGCAGCUGGCGGAGGAGGAGGCCGGCCGGCAGCGGGCAGAGGCCGAGCGGAUCCUCAAGGAGAAACUGGCGGCCAUUAAUGAUGCCUCGCGGCAGAAGGCGGAGGCUGAGAUCGCCCUGAAGGAGAAGGAGGCUGAGAACGAGCGGCUGCGACGGCUGGCGGAGGAUGAGGCCUACCAGCGGAGGCUGCUGGAGGAGCAGGCCUCCCAGCACAAGCAGGACAUUGAGGAGAAGAUCACUCAGCUGAAGAAGUCCUCUGAAGGUGAGCUGGAGAGGCAGAGGACCAUCGUGGACGAGACGCUCAAGCAACGGCGCAUCAUUGAGGAGGAGAUCCGCAUCCUCAAGAUCAACUUUGAGAAGGCCUCUGUGGGGAAGACGGACCUGGAGCUGGAGCUGGGCAAGAUCAAGCAGAGCGCUGAGGAGAUCCAGCGCAGCAAGGAGCAGGCCGAGAACGAGGCUGAGAGGCUGCGGCAGCUGGCCCUGGAGGAGGAGAACCGCCGCCGGGAGGCUGAAGCCAAGGUCAAGCAGAUCCUGGCUGCUGAGCAGGACGCAGCCCGUCAGCGCAAGGCAGCCCUGGAGGAGGUGGAGCGGCUGAAGGCGAAGGUGGAGGAGGCCAAGAGGCAGAAGGAGCUGGCGGAGAAGGAGUCGGAGAGGCAGAUCCAGCUGGCCCAGGAGGCUGCCCAGAAAAGGAUUGCGGCAGAAGAGAAGGCCCACUUGGCCGCCGUGCAGCAGAAGGAGCAGGAGCUGCUGCAGAGCAGGCAGCAGGAGCAGAGCAUCCUGGACAGGCUGAAGGAGGAGGCUCUGAGGGCCAAGAAGGCGGCCGAGGAAGCAGAGUUUGCGCGGGUCAAGGCGGAGCAGGACGCAGCCCUCUCCCGGCAGCUGGUGGAGGAAGCCGAGCACAUGAAGCAGCGGGCGGAGGAGGAGGCCCAAGCCAAGGCCAAGGCCCAGGAGGAUGCGGAGAAGCUCCGGAAGGAGGCUGAGCUGGAGGCGGCCAGGAGGGCCCAGGCGGAGCAGGCGGCCCUCAAGCAGAAGCAGCUGGCGGACGCCGAGAUGGAGAAGCACAAGAAGUUUGCGGAGCAGACCCUGCGGCAGAAGGCCCAGGUGGAGCAGGAGCUGACCAAGGUCAAGCUUCGGCUGGAGGAGACGGACCACCAGAAGAACAUCCUGGAGGAGGAGCAGCAGCGGCUGAAGAACGAGGUGACGGAGGCCAUGAAGCAGAAGGCGCAGGUGGAGGAGGAGCUCUUCAAGGUGAAGAUCCAGAUGGAGGAGCUGGUCAAGCUGAAGCUGCGCAUUGAGGAGGAGAACAAGAUCCUCAUUAUGAAGGACAAGGACAACACCCAGAAGUUCCUGGCGGAGGAGGCGGAGAAGAUGAAGCAGGUGGCGGAGGAGGCCGCCCGGCUGAGCGUGGAGGCGCAGGAGGCCGCGCGCAUGCGCAAGCUGGCAGAGGAGGACCUGGCGCAGCAGCGGGCGCUGGCGGAGAAGAUCCUGAAGGAGAAGAUGCAGGCGGUGCAGGAGGCCACGCGGCUGAAGGCCGAAGCGGAGAUGCUGCAGAAGCAGAAGGAGCUGGCCCAGGAGCAGGCCAAGAAGCUGCAGGAGGACAAGGAGCAGAUGCAGAUGCAGCUGGCCGAGGAGGCCGAGGGCUUCCAGAAGACCCUGGAGGCGGAGCGCCGCCGGCAGCUGGAGAUCACGGCCGACGCCGAGCGCCUGAAGGUGCAGGUGACGGAGCUGAGCCUGGCCCAGACCAAGGCCGAGGAGGAGGCCAAGCGCUUCAAGAAGCAGGCGGAGGAGAUCAGCCGCAAGCUGCACGACACGGAGCUGGCCACCCGGGAGAAGGUGACGCUGGUGCAGACGCUGGAGAUCCAGAGGCAGAAGAGCGACCAGGAUGCUGAGGCGCUGCGGAAGGCCAUCGCGGAGCUGGAGCAGGAGAAGGAGAGGCUGAAGCGCGAGGCGGAGCGGCUGCAGCAGCAGGCCGAGGAGAUGCAGGUGGCUCAGAAGGAGCAGUUGCUCCAGGAGACUCAGAUCCUCCAGCAGACUUUCCUGUCAGAGAAGGACAUCCUCUUGCAGAAGGAGAGGUUCGUGGAGGAGGAGAAGGCCAAGCUGGAGAAGCUCUUCCAGGAUGAGGUCAACAAGGCUCAGGGCCUAAAGGCGGAGCAGGAGCGCCAGCAGAAGCAGAUGGAGCAGGAGAAGCAGCAGCUGGCGGCCACCCUGGAGGAGGCCAAGAAGAAGCAGGCGGAGGCCGAGGAGAAUGUCCGCCGGAAGCAGGAGGAGCUCCAGCAGCUGGAAAAGCAGCGGCAGCAGCAGGAGAAGCUUCUUGCGGAGGAAAACCAGAAGCUGAGGGAGAAGCUGGAGAAGCUGCAGGAGGAGCAGCGGGUGGCCCUGGCUCAGACCAGGGAGAUCAUGAUCCAGACCGAUGACCUUCCCCAGGAGGUGGUUGUCCCAUCCACGCAGGCACCUCAGUCGAAGGCUGUGCCCAACGGCCGAGACAUGGUAGAUGGCAUCUCUCGGAACGGUGAGCCAGAACUGGCUUUCGAUGGAAUCCGUCAGAAAGUGCCUGCCAAGAAGCUGCUGGAGGCUGGCAUCCUGAGCCGAAAGAACCUGGACAAAUUGACCAAAGGGAAGGUGACGGUGGAGGAGCUCUCCAAGAGGGAUGACAUCAGGAGGUACCUGCAAGGCACCAACAGCAUCGCCGGCCUGGUGGUUAAGCCGACCAACGAGAAAGUGAGCAUCUACCAGGCCAUGAAGCAGCAGCUGCUCAGCCCAGGCACAGCCCUCAUCCUGCUGGAGGCGCAGGCUGCCUCUGGCUUCAUCAUCGACCCCAUAAAGAACAAGCGGAUGUCCGUCAACGAGGCUGUGAAAGAGGGAGUUGUGGGACCUGAACUGCACAAUAAAUUGCUGUCUGCUGAGAGAGCAGUGACUGGCUAUAAAGACCCCUACACGGGGGAAAAGAUCUCCCUCUUCCAAGCCAUGACAAAAGAUCUCAUUGUGAAAGACCACGCGAUCCGGCUCCUGGAAGCUCAGAUUGCCACAGGAGGCAUCAUCGACCCCAUCAAUAGUCACCGCCUGCCCGUGGAAGUGGCCUACAAGCGAGGCUUCUUCGAUGAAGAGAUGCAGAAGAUCCUCUCUGACCCCACGGAUGACACCAAAGGCUUCUUCGACCCCAACACCCAGGAGAACCUGACUUACUUGCAGCUGAUGGAGAGAUGUGUGACCGACCCGGAGACUGGCCUCACUUUGCUGCCACUGACAGACAAAGCAGCCAAAGGCAGAGAGCUGGUCUACACCGACCAAGAGGCAAAAGACGUCUUCAGGAAAGCCACAGUGUCCGCUCCCUUCGGCCAAUUCAAGGGGAAGACCGUGACCAUCUGGGAAAUCAUCAACUCUGAGUAUUUCACUGAGGAGCAGAGGCGGGACCUUCUGCGCCAGUACAAGACUGGAAAGAUCACCGUGGAGAAGAUAAUCCGGCUGGUCAUCACAGUGGUGGAGGAGAGCGAGAAGAAGAGCCAGCUCUGUUUCGAUGGGCUCCGGGUGCCUGUCCCAGCUGCCGAGCUGCUGGAGAGCAAAAUCAUUGACAAGGAUCUUUACAACCAGUUGCACCAGGGGAAGAAGUCCGUGAAGGAUGUCGCCAACGAUGAGGCCAUCAAGAAGUAUCUGAAAGGCUCGAGUGCCAUCGCAGGCAUCUUGGUAGAGUCAACAGGCCAGAAGUUAUUGCUCAAUGAUGCCUUGAAGAAAAACCUCCUCAAGCCAGAGGUGGUCCUGAUGCUCCUGGAGGCCCAGGCUGGAAGUGGAUACAUCAUUGACCCCGUGAGGAAUGAGUAUCUCCCUGUGGACGAAGCCGUCAAAUCUGGAAUUGUUGGCCCUGAGUUGCAUGAGAAGCUGCUGUCUGCAGAGAAGGCUGUGACAGGCUACAAGGACCCUUACACGGGGCAGGUGGUCUCGCUUUUCCAAGCACUGCAGAAAGGCCUUAUUGCCAAGGAGACAGGGGUCCGUCUGCUGGACGCUCAGCUUGCCACCGGGGGCAUCAUUGACCCCGUGAACAGCCACCGCCUCCCCCUUGACGUUGCUUGCAAGCGAGGCUACUUCAGUGAAGAGAUGCACAAGACGUUGUCUGCUCCAGCCGACGAUGCCAAGCUGUACUAUGACCCCAACGCCCAGGAGAAGGUCAGUUACGCUCAGCUGCAGAGGAAAUGCCACGUUGACAAGCCGACGGGCCUUCGCCUGCUCUCCCUCUCUGACCAGGCUAUCCAGGUUCAGCAGGAGGAGGUCUACUCUGAUAGCCAGGCUAAGGAAUCCUUUGGCAAGGCAGUGGUGGAAGUCCCAGCUGGCAGCUUGAAGGGCAAAACGGUCACAAUCUGGGAGCUGAUUCAUUCUGAAUAUUUCACUGAAGAGCAGAGGCGGGAGCUGAUACGGCAGUUCAAAUCCGGCAAAGUCACCAUCGAGAGGGUCAUCAAAAUAAUUGUCACCAUCAUUGAAGAGACUGAGACCAAAAAGCAAGAGAAGCUGACCUUCAGUGGCCUGCGUGCCCCUGUGCCUGCCAGCGAGCUCUGGGAGUCCAAGAUUCUCAGCAAGGCCCAGUAUGAGCAGCUGAAGGAAGGGAAGAAGACCGUGAAGGACCUUUCCGAGACGGGGGACGUGAAGAGGUACCUCCAAGGGAGCGACUGCAUUGCUGGUGUGUAUGUGGAAGAAACCAAGGAGAAGCUGAGCAUCUAUGAGGCCAUGAAGAAGAACCUGCUCCUGCCCAGCACAGCAGUUGUCCUCCUGGAGGCCCAGGCAGCCACAGGGUUCAUGGUGGACCCAGUCAGGAACCAGAAGCUGUAUGUCAAUGAGGCGGUGAAGGCUGGCAUUGUGGGACCAGAGCUCCAUGAGAAACUGCUGUCCGCCGAGAAGGCUGUGACUGGGUACAAGGACCCUUACUCCGGGAACACCAUCUCCCUCUUUGAGGCCAUGAAGAAGGGGCUGAUCCUCAGGGAACACGCCAUCCGCCUGCUGGAGGCCCAGGUCGCUACCGGAGGCAUCAUCGACCCCGUGCACAGUCAUCGUGUCCCCGUGGAGGUGGCUUACAAGCGAGGUUACUUUGAUGAAGCACUGAACCGAACCCUCUUGGACCCCACAGAUGACACCAAGGGCUUCUUUGACCCCAACACCAAGGAGAAUCUUACUUACCUGCAGCUGAAGGAGAGGUGUAUUGAAGACCCCGAGACCGGCCUCUAUCUGCUGCCCUUGAAGCAACCUGAGAGACCCACCGUGGUGGAGACAACCCAGGUGUACACUGAGGCCGAGACCAAGCAGGUGUUUGAGGAGACCCAGGUUGACAUUCCGGUGGGAGACAGGGCUGGCUCCUCCAUGUCCUUGUGGGAGAUCAUGAACUCGGACCUGAUCCCCGAGGAGCAACGCAAUCGGCUGAUGGAUGAGUUCCGCUCCGGCAAGGUUACGAAGGAGCGCAUGAUCAUCAUUAUCAUCGAGAUCAUUGAGAAGACAGAGAUCAUCCGGCAGCAAGACCUCACCUCCUAUGACUAUGUCCGCCGCCGCAUCACUGCUGAGGACCUCUAUGAGGCCAGGAUCAUCUCCCUGGAAAUAUACAAUGCACUGAAGCAGGGCUCCAAGACCAUCCGCGAGAUCCUGGAGAUCGAGACCAUCUGGAGGUACCUGUACGGCUCCGGCUGUGUUGCUGGAAUCUACAUUCCAUCCAGCAAACAGAAGAUCAGCAUCUACCAAGCCCUGAAGAAGGGGCUGAUCAGCCCAGAGGUGGCUCGGCCCUUGCUGGAAGCUCAGGCUGCCACUGGCUUCAUUGUGGAGCCCAUCAAAAAUGACAUGUUGACUGUUGAUGAGGCCGUCAGGAAAGGGGUUGUGGGCCCAGAAAUGCACGACCGUCUCCUGUCUGCCGAGAGAGCUGUGACCGGCUACCGCGACCCCUACAGCGAGCAGAAAAUCUCUCUCUUCCAGGCCAUGAAGAAGGAUCUCAUCCCUUCUGAGGAAGCCCUCAGGCUGCUUGAUGCCCAGUUGGCCACUGGAGGCAUAAUAGACCCACACCUGGGCUUCCACCUGCCCUUAGAAAUUGCCAUUCAGCGUGGCUACUUAAACAGGGAGACGCACGACCAGCUGUCUGAGCCCAGCGAGGUCCGCAGCUAUGUGGAUCCCUCCACCGACGACAAGCUCAGCUAUGCACAGCUCCUCAAGCGAUGCAGGAAGGAUGAGAACAAUGGCUGCCUGCUGUUGCCCCUCUGUGACACUCGCAAGCUGACCUUCAGGGGCCUGAGGAAGCAGAUCUCGGUUGAAGAGCUGGUGCGCUCCAAAGUCAUGGAUGAAGCAACCGCCCAGCGCCUCCAGGAGGGCUUGACCUCUGUGGAAGAAGUCUCCAAAAACCUGCAGAGGUUCUUGGAGGGCACCAGCUGCAUUGCUGGCGUCUACGUGGACUCCUCCAAGGAGAGGCUGUCUGUGUACCAGGCCAUGAAGAAAGGCAUCAUCCGUCCCGGCACAGCCUUUGAGCUGCUGGAAGCCCAGGCAGCUACUGGGUAUGUCAUCGACCCCAUCAAGAGCCUCAAGUUGACUGUGGAGGAAGCGGUGCGCAUGGGCAUCGUGGGUCCCGAGUUCAAGGACAAGCUGCUUUCGGCAGAGAGGGCUGUGACAGGCUACAAGGACCCCUACUCUGGCAAGAUGAUCUCCCUCUUCCAAGCCAUGAAGAAAGGCCUGAUCCUGAAAGACCACGGGAUCCGUUUGCUAGAAGCUCAGAUUGCCACAGGAGGCAUCAUUGAUCCAGAGGAGAGCCAUCGCCUGCCUGUGGAAAUGGCAUACAAGAGAGGCCUGUUUGAUGAGGAAAUGAAUGAGAUCCUCUUGGAUCCUAGUGAUGACACAAAGGGGUUCUUUGACCCAAACACUGAGGAAAACCUGACCUACCUGCAGCUGAUGGAGAGGUGCAUGACAGACCCUGAGACUGGGCUCUGCCUUCUGCCUUUGAAGGAGAAGAAGCGGGAGAGGAAGACCUCCUCCAAGUCCUCCGUCCGCAAGCGCAGGGUGGUGAUCGUUGACCCAGAGACCGGGAAGGAGAUGUCCGUGUACGAAGCCUACCGCAAAGGCCUCAUUGACCACCAGACCUAUUUGGAGCUCUCUGAGCAGGAGUGCGAAUGGGAAGAGAUCACAAUUUCCUCCUCGGACGGGGUGGUCAAAUCCAUGAUCAUUGACCGGAGGUCAGGGAGGCAGUACGACAUCGACGACGCCAUUGCAAAGGGCCUGAUUGACCAGUCUGCCCUGGACCAGUACCGCUCGGGCACUUUGUCCAUCACAGAGUUUGCAGACAUGUUGUCUGGCAACAUGAGCGGGUUCCGAUCCAGAUCUUCCUCCGUCGGCUCCUCCUCUUCCUACCCCGUAAGCCCAGCCCACGGGAGAGCUCAGCUGACCUCCUGGAGUGACCCCACAGAGGAGACCGGCCCAGUGGCUGGUAUCCUGGACACAGACACCCUGGAGAAGGUCUCCAUCACAGAGGCCAUGCACCGCAACCUGGUGGACAACAUCACUGGCCAGAGACUGCUGGAGGCUCAGGCCUGCACGGGAGGGAUCAUUGACCCGAGCUCCGGGGAGAAGUUCUCCGUCGCCGAUGCCGUUAACAAAGGCCUAGUGGACAAGAUCAUGGUGGACAGGAUCAACCUUGCCCAGAAGGCUUUCUACGGCUUUGAGGACCCCAGAACCAAGACCAAGAUGUCCGCUGCGCAAGCCCUGAAGAAGGGCUGGCUGUACUAUGAGGCCGGCCAGCGGUUCCUGGAGGUGCAGUAUCUGACUGGAGGGCUGAUUGAGCCGGAGGUGACUGGCCGGGUCCCCCUGGACGAGGCGCUGCAGAAGGGCACCAUCGAUGCCCGCACGGCCCAGAAGCUCCGGGACGUGAACACCUAUUCCAAGUACUUGACCUGCCCCAAAACCAAGCUCAAGAUCUCCUACAAGGACGCCAUGGACAGGAGCAUGACGGAGGAGGGCACCGGCCUGCGUCUCCUGGAAGCCUCUUCCCAGUCCAGCAAAGGCUAUUACAGCCCCUACAAUGUCAGCGGCUCCGGCUCCACCUCAGGGUCUCGAUCCGGCUCACGAACGGGAUCCCGGUCGGGCUCCAGGCGAGGGAGCUUCGACGCGACGGGCUCCGGUUUCUCCAUGUCCUUCUCUUCCGCCUCUUACACUGCUUCCAACUAUGGCCGAAGAUACACAUCAGGUCCAAGCGGCGGCGGCAGCACAGAUGUCCCCCCCAGCCUUGCUGGCAUCUCGUCCCCCCACAGCGUGAGCUGCGGAGGAGGAGGAGAAGGCGGCAGGAGAUCUAUUGGACUGCAGGGGCAGCCGCAGCUGCCCGUGGCCUAACAUGCUCCCAGCCCUCCUGCCUCCUUAAAGCCUGAGAUAACUUUUGCAUUUAUCCUGCUCUGCAUGUGGAAAAGCUGCUGGCUAACCUUCUCAUUUUUAUUAUUAUUAUUUUGUAAUGUUUAAAAACACAAUCUCCUUCCAAAGCAGUGCCUAAAGUUUAACCAAAAAAA